AUGAGCAAAGAUAGUCAAGGGAGGAGAAGAAUAUUAAAGAGAGGGAAGAUAAAUGUUGUGGCUCAGCUGUGUGAUCUCCCCUCUACGACUCACGACUACAACUCCUUCACUGUAGAUGUGGAUCACUCCUCUGCAAACCUCAGAAGUUUUGUAGUUGAAGGAGUGUUCAAAGAGACUGAAAGCAAGUCAGAUAGACCUCCCAUCAUAGCAUUUAGUCGUUGCUUUAUUACAGUUACACAGGGGGCAGGAAUGAAUAUCAUCAACGACAUGCUGACAAUAACAAAUGCCUCCAGAGAUCAAAAUCAGAAGGCCUUUAAGCACCCUGCCCCUACUCCCUCUUCUAGCCCUGUCCCUGAGGCAUCACCACCAGCCCCGUUCACUCAGGCUGGUCCCUUCACAUACACAGCCGAGCAGCAGCAGAUGAUUCAACAGUUCGCUGCUCAGUCAGGCAUGAACCACGAAUGGUCCAUCAAAUGCCUGGAACAAAAUGGUUGGAAUUAUGAGAAAUCAGGGGAAAUAUUCCUGGAAUUGCAGAAACAAAACAAGAUUUCUCCAGAUGCAUUUGCAAAAUGAAAAUCUGACUUUCCUGCAAAUGGACCUAAUAACACUGAAUUCUCAAAAUCAUUUGGAAUAGGCUCAGGAUAAGCCUUUCUUUAAGUGCAUCCAUCCAAUGGUGACUCCUCCAAGUGUUUACAGUGAAUUGAAUUGACCUCUCAGAACUGUGUGGAAGCCUGGUGGAUUUUAAUGAUUUUAUUCUGUUUAGAAGAAACACUUUCGGGCAUUGACAAGUGAACUGAUUAUAAAUCCUUGCUUUGUUUUAAUGUGCGAGUUCAAAGAGAAUUUGAGAAGGAUUAAAAAAUCCUCUUUUACAUAAUUUUACAGUGAAAUGACAUUGUUUAAUUUGCACUUGUUAAUCAUAGAAGUAAAAUAUUGUGAAAUGAAAAGUGCUCAUCCAUAUUUGAUAUGUCACCAAUUUUAUUUCUAUUGCAAUUUGACAUUCUGUACAAUGAAUACCUUUUAUAAAUAUGUAUUUUUUAAUUUUUUAUUGAAAAUUUCAUCAUUGUUAAUAAAAAUGAAAGAAUUGUCAUCUUCUCUUUUCAUGAAGCAAAGGCUUGGUGUCUUGAGAAAACUGCUUUUGUGACAAUUGAGUUUUACUUCAAAUUAUUAUACCUGUCAAUUAUAAAAAAAAUCCUACAAAUUAUAACCAGGCAUAUAAUGAAAGCACACUUCUGCAAAGUGGAAAUAUAUGAAAAUCCAAUGAAUUGUCAUAAUCAAAAGCCAGGAAUAUUGAUUAAUAUACAGAAUAUUUAACAUUACUGGUUAAUUGGUAGAGUAGAAAUUUGUUCUGAGAAAUGGAUGUAAUUGAGGAUAUCAGAACAUAAAACUUUUAAACGUAUAUAAAAGCACACAAAAUAUGAAAUAUUUAUCCACCAUGGAUAAGUGACUGUUUUGACCAAAAAGGCGAAAACAUACCAGUUUAG